AUGGACAACCUAGACACCCUGGCUACUUCGCUGCCUACAGCCUACCAGAAUGCAGAAAAAGAGCUUCUUAGCGACUUCAAAGCUGCUGCACUGAGCAUCACGACUUUGUACCGUUCGUCGCGAACAGCGUCGAAGCGGGCGUACAAUGCAGGAUACUCAGCGGCCUAUAAGGAUCUGCUGAUGAUGAUCCAGCAGGGUGUUUCCGCUGGUGGCAUCACCACGUCGGAGUCACAAGGAGGGAUGGAUGAUGGGAUGACGAUUGGGAGAGUAAUGGAUUGGAUAGAGGCAAGGCUUGAGGCCAUCAGAUCUCGAGAAGAGGAAGAAGACGAGGAUGAGGAGAGGGAGAAAGAAAGGGAUCACGCGCGGCCGUCGAAAGCGCCGCCAGCGCCCCCAAUGCCGAGGACCACAACCACACCAACAACUCAAGCCACUCAAUCGCGGCCCCCAACCUUGUCCCCUGCUCCUGACAAUUCGGAUGCCUCGACCGUAGUGUCAUCGCCCACCACUACAUUGCGGACGAUACCACACCCUCAGCCCCCCUCCAAGGGCUCCAGGAAUCGUGCCAAAGAAUCCGCUGACCCUCCAACUUCUGAGCGCAAUCCAUCCCCCGCACUUCCGGGCAUCAAUCACAUCUUUCCCGAUCAAAUUCCAACGGCCGGCUCGAAGCGUCGGCAUGCUGUCAUGGUCAUGCUCGAUUCUGCACCUUCAGUAGCCAACUCUGCCUCGACGCUGGCACCCCCAGGCGGGAACCACUCAUCAAUCGCUACGCGGCGGCGAACGCGGAGCGCGAGGAACCUCACUAUCCAUCACAAUCAGAACAUCAUGCAACCGCCGGAAGCAAUGGACGUAGAAGAAGAUGGUCGAGAGCGAAAGCGGGUUACUAGGCGGUGA